UGGGUGCUGUGUCCUAUGGGUCCCCUGGGUGCUGUAUCCCCUGGGUGCCAGGUCCUGUGGGUCCCUUGGGUGCUGGGUCCCGUGGGUGUCAGGUCCUGUAUCCCCUGGGUUCUGGGUCCCUUGGGUGCCAUUUCACCCCCAUCCAGGCACCCAGGGUGGCUCCUGCCCCCGCAGGGUUACUACAGGCGGACUCCGGCCUACCUGCCGGUGCGGAAGCGGGAGCGCCGGGGCUGCUUCGCCGUGCCCAUGGUUCACUCCACGCUGCUGCUGGACCUGCGCAAGGCGGCCUCGCGCGCCCUCGCCUUCUACCCCCCGCACCCCGACUACACCUGGGCCUUCGACGACAUCAUCGUCUUCGCCUUCUCCUGCCGCCAGGCGGAAGUGCAGAUGUUCGUCUGUAACCAGGAGGUGUUCGGGUUCCUGCCGGUGCCGCUGCGGUCGCACAGCACCCUGCGGGACGAGGCCGAGAGCUUCCUGCACGUCCAGCUGGAGAUCAUGGGUGAGCGCCCGGGGACGGGGUCCCCAUUCCCAUCCCUCCCACCUCCAGGAGAACUGGGAAACGUCCCUUUUUCCUGUAAAAUCCCGCAUUUUCCGUUAACUCCGCAGAUCGUGGCGCGGGGGCUGGAGAAGUCGGUGGUGUUCGAGGACGACCUGCGCUUCGAGAUCUUCUUCAAGCGCCGCCUGAUGAACCUGAUGCACGACCUGGAAGCAGAGGGGCUGCCCUGGGACCUGAUUUACAUCGGGCGGAAGCGGAUGCAGGUGGAACGGCCGGAGAAGUCGGUGCCGAGGGUGAGGAACUUGGUGGAAGCCGAUUACUCGUACUGGACGCUGGGCUACGUCCUCUCGCUGUCGGGCGCCCGGAAGCUGCUGGCGGCCGAGCCGCUGGGCAAGAUGUUGCCGGUCGACGAGUUCCUGCCCGUCAUGUUCAACAAACACCCGCUGUGAGUCCCCGGGGGGGGAUCUGGGGGUGCU